AUACACAAAGCAGUCCAUUCUGCUGUAGCAGCAGCGCCCCACACUGCAAGUUCUCUUCAAUAUGGCGGUUGCCUGCUGAGCCUGGUUGCUGUCAAGAAGCAAGCCUGGUUGAUAGAGAGAGAGGGAAGGAGCCCACCUACCGCUUCCAAAUCAGUUGCAGUACUUGUACUGUAGCUCAAGUUGAUCUUGUUCAGCUGACAGCAACUUUAUAAAGACAGCCAUUAUGACUGGACUGCAUCUCUUCUGCAUUUUAGUGCUCUUUAGUGCUGGAGCAGUCUUGGGACAAAACAAUGAAGAGUAUGACUACUAUUAUUAUUAUUCUGGGGAUUAUUCUGGUUACUACGAAUAUACUGAGCCACCUCCAACUCCCUCACCAUUGUGUCCUGGGCUCCAGGAUAACUAUGAUCUAUGCUCAGUCUGGUAUUAUGGAGACACUGGGGUCUCCUUCAACUUUGAGACCCUGUCAUUUAGACAAGGAAAUCAGGGAGUCCACCCAAUUCAAGAUGAGUGCAAUUUCCCAGUCUACAAGAUGCUCUCAGACUCCUUUAGGAACACCACCCAGUGUCGCUGCCCUGGAUACAGGAACUUCUCCAUGCUGACCAAGUUUAAGCUGGACAAGGCUGAAGGGGCUGUCACUCUCAUUGAACUGGGACAGAGAGGGUCCAACCCACAGCUGAGAGUCUCCUUGGAUAACUGUGCUAAUAAACUGAUUGUAUACCUCAAUGAGAAUGGAGAAGGAUGUGGCUAUGGCUCAAGUCAAACUCUGGAAUACACGAUGCCAGCUUUUCAAGCAAAGACAUGGAAUAAACUUGCAAUAGAGUUCUCAGAGACUAGUGUAUCAGUGUAUCUCAACUGUCGGCUCUUGAGCUCUCAAGUUAAAGCCAUCAACAGGACUGGCUGUCUGUUGCAGUGUACUGACAGCACCUUGAAUAAGCUGGUUGGAAGCUAUCCUCAGUCUAAUUGCAGCAAUGGAGGGAUAGUGAAUGUGACUCUACAGCAGUUGGCUCUCAUUCCGGAUGAUUCAGUGAACAAUACUGCUUCUACCCGUCACUGUACUGAACUCACAUGGGACAAGUGCAGCCCCACCUGUACCUACCCCUCCGGUCCCUCUGAACCACCCGCCACUCAACCACCAACUGAAACCACACCCACAACUCCUCCCACUUCUCCUCCAUCGGUAUCACGUCCUGUGGGUCCCCCUGGACCAGUUGCUACCCCAGUGGUGACCGAUGUACCUGACACUGGUAACGCUGCACCAACCGGUGUACCACCUGGAGUGUUAGGUGGAUCAGGAGAUGUAUAUGCACCUGGUGAUCCCGGUUCUCCUGGAGAUCCUGGAGCUUCAUUUAAAGGAGAGAUGGGCUUGGUUGGCCCUACCGGAAGAUCAGGACCUCCGGGUGAAGUUGGUCUGCCUGGACCUAAUGGAAUACCUGGACGAUCUGGAGACCCUGGUAUUGUUGGCACUCAAGGUAUUAGAGGACCAUCUGGACAGCCUGGACCCCCUGGACCAGUAAUGUACUCUGAACAAUUAGCGGCUCUCAUUGCUAGUCAAAGUCAGGGCAGUAGCAAAGGUCCUGCUAUCAAUUUGGAUCUAAUUCCACUUCCCGUGGGUAACCCUGGAGUGGAGGGACCCCGGGGACCAUCUGGUGGAGUUGGACGUCUGGGUGUCACUGGUGAUCCAGGUUGGCCUGGUCCAGAAGGUGAUCAAGGAAGACCGGGUUCUCUUGGGUCCCCCGGACUACCUGGAGCAGCUGGUGUUGAUGGAAUGAGAGGGGAGCUGGGUGAGCCUGGAGUAAUGGGAGAGCAGGGUCCCCGUGGAGAUCAGGGACCACCUGGACCUUUGGGAGCACAGGGAGCUAGAGGAAGUACUGGACACCCUGGCAGAACAGGGAGUCCAGGUAUGGACGGAACUGAUGGGGUAGAUGGUGAAGAGGGUCAAAGAGGCCAUCCAGGAGCUCAAGGGCCUAUUGGAAGGGACGGACCAGAAGGCCCCCGUGGUGAAAAAGGACCCCUAGGGGCACCCGGAUCACCUGGCGUGGUGGGUAACCCUGGUCAGCGUGGCGCACCUGGUCUAACUGGUUCCAGAGGUCCCACUGGUAUGGUCGGUAUACCCGGAGAGCAAGGAGAAGAGGGUCCAGCUGGACGUGAUGGUAGCACUGGACCCAAAGGAGACAGAGGUAGAGACGGUGUUGAUGGGAGGGAUGGUAAACCAGGCCAGAGAGGAAGAUCAGGCCCGAGAGGAAAGCCUGGAAACAAAGGACCUUCUGGUGACCUUGGUCAAGAUGGCGGGUAUGGUUUCGCAGGAGUACCAGGUGGAAGAGGAGAGUCAGGGUCCCCUGGAGAACCAGGACCCCCCGGGCCGAGGGGAGUAGCUGGUGACCCUGGACUACCUGGGGACUAUGGAGUGAAGGGAUCUAAAGGAGCUCAAGGUCAAAAAGGUCCACCUGGUAAAUCUGGUAAAGAUGGAUACGACGGAAGAAAAGGCGCUCAAGGGAAAGUUGGACCAGCUGGACCCGGGGGAACACCUGGAACUAAAGGUAAACCAGGGGGUCCUGGUGCUAUCGGUAGUUUUGGACCCAAUGGAGCAAAGGGAGCCCUAGGUUCCCCAGGAAGAGUGGGUGGGCGUGGUGCCAGAGGACCGAGGGGAGCACCUGGUAUAAAUGGUAAAGAUGGCACACCUGGAGCUGUGGGUACUACAGGUCCAAGAGGUUUCCCUGGUUCCAUCGGCCAGCAAGGAGCAAAUGGAGUGGCAGGGGACAUUGGUGAGAGGGGACCGCAGGGACCUCAAGGAGCAAGAGGAGCUACUGGUGCCUUUGGACCGAGGGGAGCCAAAGGAUCAAGAGGUGCCCCUGGUAGUCCUGGUAGACCUGGUAGUGUGGGGGACACUGGAGUUAGAGGUCUUGCAGGAAGAGAUGGACAACCUGGACCUCCAGGACAACCAGGACCAAUUGGACAAGCUGGACAGGUUGGAGCUAGAGGAGAGAGAGGAGCACCUGGACCACAAGGAGAACCAGGUACUCAUGGUAGACCAGGACAGGCUGGGAAAGACGGAGCAACAGGAGCACCUGGUGAACCUGGAUCACCUGGAGGCCCAGGAACUAAAGGACCUACUGGAGAGCCAGGUGUAACUGGAUUUAUUGGAGAACAAGGUCAAAGAGGUGAUCAAGGUACUAAAGGAGUCGGUGGUACUCCAGGACAAGCUGGUGCUCCUGGUGACCCCGGCGACAUUGGUUCUUCUGGAUCUUCUGGUAAUCCGGGUGUGUCUGGUAAUGACGGUCAGCCUGGAGUCGUCGGAGAUAAGGGACCAAGAGGUCAAAAGGGUACUAAAGGUGAAAGGGGUCCAUCUGGUGCUGACGGUAGACGUGGGCCUCAGGGAGCAAAAGGAAAUAAAGGAGAGAAGGGACCCUUGGGACCUCCGGGUGCUCCUGGUAGAAAAGGCAGGCAAGGAUCUCAAGGAAAUCCUGGACCUAAAGGUGUUCAAGGUAUGACUGGUGAUACUGGUGCUAGAGGAAGAACUGGUCUUGGUGGUGAAAAAGGUCCCCCCGGAGCUAAAGGUACUGCUGGUCUAUCAGGAGAUCCAGGAGACGCUGGAGAUGCUGGACUUCUUGGUAGAGAGGGAACUCCAGGAUCACCUGGUUCUACUGGUUUGAAAGGUGAUAAAGGUUCUGCUGGAGACCGAGGGCCUAGAGGAGUACUGGGAAGAACUGGUAAUGUCGGAGAGAAAGGAAAUAAAGGAGCAGCUGGACCAGCUGGACCUCAAGGUGAAGCUGGUUCUGCUGGUGAUCCUGGAGAUAAGGGUGAAGUUGGUAAUUCUGGUGACCCUGGUCCCGUGGGACCCGCCGGAGAAAAAGGACAGAAAGGAGAUAAAGGAGACGCUGGGAACGUUGGAGAAGAAGGAGCCAAAGGAUCCAAGGGACCCCAGGGACCAGCAGGAGCAGCUGGACCCUCCGGACCAAUCGGGAUUAAAGGCGUUCAAGGAGGUCCUGGACCAGCUGGACCCGCCGGACCUAAAGGAAUACGAGGGAACGAUGGAAUACCGGGAGUCAGUGGAGACGCUGGUCGUAAUGGAGCUCCUGGACCUGACGGCCCUAAAGGUGACAAAGGAGUACCUGGAGGUCAAGGAUUCAUUGGACCCCCAGGACCAAUAGGAGGACAGGGAGCUCGGGGAGACAGGGGAGCACAAGGUGAACCUGGCCCACUGGGUGAGACAGGCCUUCCUGGUGUAAAGGGAGCAGUAGGAGCAACUGGAGAGCGGGGACCAGCUGGAAGAGACGGGGUUAAGGGCCAAAAAGGUCAACCUGGUAAUCCUGGAAGAAGAGGAGCCUCUGGAGCAAGAGGAGAGCAAGGUCCAUCUGGCGGUACUGGACCAACUGGUAUAAAAGGAGAUCAGGGUCGUCCAGGUUUAGCUGGUGAUGCAGGAGCAAAGGGUUACCAUGGUAGCCACGGGAUUGAUGGUGACGUUGGGCCACCUGGACCACCUGGACCUAAAGGACCCUCCGGUGAGCAAGGGACACCAGGACGAGCUGGUCAAGAUGGCAGGAUUGGAGCUGAUGGAGCAUUUGGAUCAGCUGGGGGAAAAGGUGAUGAGGGAACCAAAGGUCAAAAGGGAAGGAAAGGUCAAAAAGGAGAACCUGGAGACAACAAGAUCACUUCUUCAGGGAAGAUAUUCUACUUAUCAGGCAGUCCCGAAUUCCAAGGAUCAACGGCUUCACUAAUGGUUCAACUAGACAAUAUUACAAAAACCGUACAGCUGGUCAAGAAACCAAACGGGCACAGACAGUUCCCUGCAAGAUCCUGCUGCGAUCUAAAACAUGACUACCCUCAUGCCAGAACAGGUCCUUAUUAUAUUGAUCCUAAUGGAGGGAGUUGGUCUGAUGGUUUCAAGGUCAUGUGUGAUUUUGAAGAUGGCUCCUGUACGACUUGCAUUGAUGCUGUUGAUAUGCUACCAGUACCAUUGCAGAGGUUUGAUAUAGGUGGACAGAAAUACUUAGAAAUGUCCAAUGUAACCGGUCGAUCAUUCUCUUAUGAUAUUAACACAGUUCAAUUGAAGCUACUCCAAAUGUCCAGUUUGCAAGCUAACCAAAGGAUCACAAUGCAUUGUCAGGGACUGAAGGAGCUUCAUGUUUCUUUCUCUGGCUACAAGAAAGGAUCUCUAUUCAACUCAAACAGUAACUCUGUAUCACUGUUACACAAUAGCUGCUCGUCUGCAGGAUCUGUUAAAGGCUCAGCUAUAUAUGCUUUAAAGACUAACAGACCAUCACAACUACCGAUUGUUGAUGUGAGUCUGUAUCUCUCGGGUCAAGGGAAGGAAUCUCUUGGAGUAGAACUAGGUCCUGUUUGUUACUCACGCUAGUGGCAUCAUUAUUAUUAUUAUAUUAUUAUUAUCAUUAUUAUUAUUAUUAUUAUUAAAUACCAGGUUUUAGAUCUACGUAAGAGAUAAUUAAUGAUGACUGUUUUUGUGAUGUUUGUAACUGAACCUCUUCAUAAUGUCAUGCAUUCUUCUCCCUCUUUCUAUUUAGUUUUCAACUUUGUUGUUGUUUGAUUGUAUUGUGAUAUUCACUUGUGAUUUAACCUUA